AUGUCUUCCUCGCGCAGCAAAGACCCAUCAGCCACCAAAAAAUCGUCCUCCAAGUCCUCCAAAGAAAUCGACACCCACAAACUCGCCCUCCGCGGCUCCUCCAAACUCGUAACCGAAUUCUUCGAAUACAGCAUCAACACAAUCCUCUUCCAACGCGGCGUCUACCCACCCGAAGACUUCGCACCGGUGAAAAAAUAUGGAUUGAACAUGAUGGUGACCUUGGACGAUGAAGUCAAAGCGUACAUCAAGAAAAUCAUGUCGCAACUCAGCAAAUGGAUGCAAAAAAGCAAGAUUUCGAAACUCGUCGUUGUGGUCACUUCCAAAGACACGGGGGAACAUGUUGAGAGGUGGCAGUUUGGUGUGGAUGUGAUGGGAGACAGCAAUAAUAGCAACAAGAAGAAGGCGAGGAAAGGGGAGGGAAGUGGCGAUAAGGAGAAUUCGGAGCCCAAGACGGAAGAGAAGGAGAAGGGUGAGACGGAGAUUCAGGCGGAGAUUCAGGCGCUUUUCAGACAGAUUACGGCGAGUGUGAGUUUUCUGCCGAUGUUGGAUGGGAAUUGUACGUUUAAUGUUUUGGUGUAUGCGGAUGCGGAUAGUGAGGUGCCGCUGGAGUGGGGGGAUAGUGAUGCGAAGGAGGUGAAGAAUGCUGAGAAGGUGAUGUUGAGGAGUUUUUCGACGAAUUCGCAUCGCGUUGAUACGGUGGUUAGUUAUAGGCUGGCGGAUUGAUGACAGGGUGCUUUUGCUUCAUAGGCGAAGUUGAGAGAUGACCUUUGUAGUUUGUACAUGGCUGCUGGAUUUUGGGCAUUUUGUGGUAUUGGGUCUCGCACAGCAUCAGGAUGAGCAAGGGCCCGGAGAAGUCAGGCGUUCUGGAAUAGUAGAGAAGCGGCUGAGGCUGGUUCACCACGGCGUGUUUCAUACCAAGGAUACCCUAUAUCUGAAAGCGGAGCGCUGGCCUUCUGUGAUCCACUUUUGGCGACAUACGAGAAUCGAUUCAGUCUCAACGUC